AUGAGAAAAUGCCAUUUGAAUACUUGUCCGGUUGGUAUUGCUACACAAGACCCAGAGUUGCGGAAGAAAUUCACAGGAACUCCUGAGCACGUCAUCAACUUCUUCUAUUAUGUUGCCAACGAGCUCCGGGCCAUCAUGGCGAGAUUAGGAUUCAGGACUAUCAACGAGAUGAUUGGUCAUUCCGAGAAACUAUACGUGCGCAAGGAUCUUAUGACUGAGAAGACCCAGAACAUUGAUUUGUCCUUGAUCCUGACUCCCGCUCACACUCUCCGUCCCAAUGUUGCAACUUACAACGUUCGAAAGCAAGACCACAGAUUGCAUGUGCGCCUCGACAACAAGUUGAUUGAUGAAUCAGAGUAUACCCUUGACAGGGGAGUUCCAACUCGCAUCGAGUCAGAUAUUGUCAACACUGAUCGUGCUCUUGGAGCGACGUUAUCAUACAGAAUCAGUAGGCUGAAGGGUGAAGCCGGUUUGGAACCAGAUUCGGUACAUGUCAACCUAAAGGGGUCUGCGGGUCAGUCAUUUGGCGCUUUCCUGGCCCCAGGAGUAACAUUGGAGCUUGAAGGGGACGCCAACGAUUAUGUUGGAAAGGGACUGUCUGGUGGCAGAGUCGUCAUCUACCCACCGAGAAACGCCUCAUACAAAGCAGAGGAGAACAUAAUCGUUGGAAACGUGUGCCUUUAUGGUGCCACUUCAGGUCAAGUGUUCUUCCGUGGUGUCGCCGCUGAACGUUUUGCCGUUAGAAACUCGGGUGCCACUGCUGUAGUUGAGGGUGUUGGUGAUCAUGGUUGUGAGUAUAUGACUGGAGGAAGGGUUCUUAUUUUGGGUGAAACCGGUCGCAACUUUGCUGCUGGUAUGUCAGGUGGUAUUGCCUAUGUUUUGGACAUGAAACAGGAUUUCCGCUCGAAGGUGAAUAUGGAGAUGGUUGAGCUCUCAGACAUCACCGAUCCCUAUGAAAUCUCUUACGUCCGCGGUCUUGUUGAGGAUCACUAUCAAUACACAGGCUCUGAGCUUGCGAAGAGGGUUCUUUUGGACUUUAGAAGAGCGCUUCCUCGAUUUGUUAGAGUCCUUCCUACUGAUUAUAAAAGAGUUCUUGAGGAGGAGGCCCUCAAAGCAGCAACGGCAAGAUCAUCUCACACGCCCUCUCUACUUCCUGGGAACCCAGCUCGUGAGCAGCAAGAAAAGUUACUGGCCAAGGCAAAGGCCAAAGAAGCGGAGGCUAAACACAAGCACGAAGCGCCUAUGACCGAUCUUGAAGACAGCAUAACAGACGCCAAAGCGGAGAAAAAGAAGUCUGCGCUCGUUCUUAACAAAACGAAGGGUUUUAUGCUAUAUGCUCGUCGUAGUGAGAAGUAUCGAAACCCGAAGACUCGAACCAAGGACUGGGCAGAACUCUCCAAACGUCUUGACGAGGAUGAACUCAAAUACCAGUCUGCUCGUUGUAUGGAUUGUGGUGUUCCUUUCUGUCAGAGCGAUACUGGUUGCCCUAUCUCAAAUAUUAUUCCAAAGUGGAACGAGCUUGUUUUCCAAAACCAGUGGAAGAAUGCGUUGUACAAGUUACUUCAAACAAAUAACUUCCCCGAAUUUACAGGGCGUGUUUGCCCCGCUCCUUGUGAGGGUGCUUGUGUCCUCGGAAUCAAUGAGGAUCCAGUCGGCAUCAAGAGUAUCGAGUGUGCAAUCAUCGAUCGUGGUUUCGAGAUGGGCUGGAUGGUCCCCACUCCUCCGAGCAUCCGUACUGGGAAGAAAGUUGCUAUCAUUGGAUCUGGACCUGCUGGUUUGGCUGCCGCUGAUCAACUCAAUAAGGCUGGCCAUUCCGUUACAGUCUAUGAACGUGCGGACCGCCUUGGUGGUUUGCUAAUGUAUGGAAUCCCAAACAUGAAGUUAGACAAGUCUAUCGUUCAGCGCAGAACCGAUUUCAUGGCAGCAGAAGGCAUCAAAUUCGUUACAGGUGUUCACGUCGGUCAAGAUAUCACAAUGGCCGAGAUUCAAUCAGGAAAUGAUGCCACUAUACUUGCUACUGGUGCCACGGUUCCUAGAGAUCUCCCUAUCCCAAAUCGCAAUCUAGAGGGUAUUCACUUUGCCAUGACUUUCCUACAUGCCAACACAAAGUCUCUACUUGAUAGUGAGCACAAAGACGGCGGGUAUAUCUCGGCGAAAGACAAGGAUGUCAUUGUCAUUGGUGGUGGUGAUACCGGAAACGAUUGCAUUGGUACCUCAGUUCGCCAUGGAGCCAAGUCUGUGGUCAAUUUCGAACUGCUUCCUCAGCCACCAAACGAAAGAGCCCGUGAUAAUCCAUGGCCCCAGUGGCCUAAGGUUUACAGGAUUGACUACGGUCACUCUGAGGUCAAGGCUCAAUAUGGAAAGGAUCCACGUGAGUACUGUGUCAUGAGCAAGGAGUUUGUUAGCGAUGGAAAGGGCCAUGUCAAGGGUAUCAAUACUGUCCGUGUUGAGUGGACUAGAAGCGCUCGAGGUGGUUGGGAUAUGAAGAAGGUCGAGGGCUCAGAGAAAUUCUUCCCAGCAGACCUUGUACUCCUGUCCAUGGGAUUCUUGGGGCCUGAAGAUCGGGCCUUGGGCGAUAUCGAAAGAGAUCCUAGGAAGAACGUCAAGACUCCCCCUGGAGGUUAUUCAACUUCGGAGGAAGGUCUCUUUGCAGCUGGAGAUUGCCGCAGAGGACAAAGUUUGAUCGUCUGGGGUAUCAAUGAGGGAAGGCAAUGUGCUCGUGAGGUCGACCAAUACCUCAUGGACUCUACACAACUUCCUGUCACCGGAGGGAUUGUACUUAGAAACCCGCACCCUGUAGAAAUCCUCGAGCGAGCGGAAACGGCAUCUCUACAAACCAUUGCAAUCGCUGCUGCUAGCUAA